AUCGGCCGGUCGACGGAGAACCGGCCCCUCUACGUGCUCAAGUUCAGCAAAGGGGGGACGAACCGCCCGGCCAUCUGGCUGGACACCGGCAUCCACUCCCGCGAGUGGGUCACCCAGGCCAGCGGCGUCUGGUUCGCCAAGAAGAUUGUCCUGGAUCAUGAGAAGGAUGAAGGGCUGGCCUCAAUCCUGGACAAGAUGGACAUCUUCCUGGAGAUUGUCACCAAUCCAGAUGGCUUUGCCUUCACCCACACCAAGAAUCGCCUGUGGCGCAAGACCAGGUCCAAGCACUCGGGCUCCAUUUGUGUCGGCGUGGACCCCAACCGCAACUGGGACGUGGAUUUUGGAGGGUCUGGGGCCAGUGGAAACCCCUGCUCGGAGACCUACCGUGGACCUUACCCCAACUCAGAGCCCGAGGUGAAGGCCAUCGUGGACUUUGUGAAGAACCACGGGAACAUCAAGGCUUUCAUCUCCAUCCACAGCUACUCCCAGCUCCUGCUCUACCCCUACGGCUACACCAGCACCCCAGCUCCUGACCAGAAGGAACUGGACGAGCUUUCUGAGAAGGCUGUGGCAGCUCUGUCCUCUCUGUAUGGCACCAGGUACAAGUACGGCAGCAUCAUCUCCACCAUCUACAAAGCCAGCGGCUCGACCAUCGACUGGACGUACAAGCAGGGCAUCAAAUACUCCUUCACCUUCGAGCUGAGGGACAAGGGGCGUUAUGGGUUCCUCCUGCCUGCCAAGCAGAUCGUCCCCACGGCUGAGGAGACCUGGCUGGCCUUGAAGGUCAUCAUGCAGCACACCCUGGAGCACCCCUACUGA